GGGGAACUCUGUUUCGUGUGUGUAUUUGGAAAUUCGCUAUCAUAUUUUGUGUCAUGAUUUCAACGAAUAGUUUUAGCCAUGGAAUAUUGCUCGUCGGACAUGCCAAAAUCGUGGUUAGAAAAAUACUGUUCUGCUACAACAAAAACGAAAUUACGAGUUUCGAUCGUAAAAGUGCGCGGAUCAAAUUAUUCUUCAGACUCUAAUAAUGUUUUGUUUUUAUUCACUGAUUCCGUUUGAGAGUAAAACGAUUGAGAUGUGGCCGAAUUUUUAGAAAGUAAAACGGAAUGAGAAAUUGCAAAAAUUAUCGAGAGGUUAGAAAAUUGUUUUUUUACGGUGCGGGCUUGGAAAAAUGUCGAUAAAUAAACAGUAAGAGAUGUGAAAACUCAAGUUGUAGUUGGAGAUGUCGGAAAGCAGUUGACAAUGGGCAGGGAGAGGGGGAAGAAUACGUGUUGCGAGUGAGAAUAAUAAAAAGUUUUCCGCAGGAGGUUUGAGGGACGUUCGGUUUUUCUUCGAAUUCGAGAGAGCUGCGCGAAGACGCAUGCGCGUUGAGUUGGACUCCUGUUUAUCGAGCGUCAGAUAUACGUGGUACAAAAGCAGAGAGAAUCCUAACAAUUACCGAAAAUGCAGCGAAGCUGUUGUCGAAAGCUUUGAUAGUCGUUAAUCACAAAGCACAACGCGGUACCCAAGUGAGUUCGUGGCGGGAAUUAUAAACUCGCGUGUAGUUUUAAAAAUAAUGGCGAUGUCAAAUGUAUACUCGAAAAUGUCGACGAAGCCAGUGAAACGUUUUCAAGAUAACAACCUCGUUGAAACCCAAACCAAUGCUUGGGUCAAUGCGGAGUCACCCAGCAACAAUGUUUCGGGCUCUCCACCACCGGUCAUACCGUUCUUGCCACAGAUGAUUCUCCAGAGAGAAGACGUUAUAAAUCAGCCGCAAAGUGCACCUGUAUCUCCGCUCUCGUCGCUAUCUUCCCCAAUUUCACAACUCAGUCUACCAACUUUGGAAGACUGUACUCAAGACCCAAACUGGCAAGCCACAAAAUCUACUGUACGAGAACGAAAUGCUGCCAUGUUCAAUAAUCAUCUCAUGGCUGAUAUUCAAUUCAUAGUUGGCAGCCCAGGUCAUACUCGCUCCAUACCAGCUCACAAGUACGUACUAGCGACUGGUAGUUCAGUAUUUUACGCGAUGUUUUACGGUGGCUUAGCGGAAAACAAAAAAGACAUUGAAGUGCCGGACGUAGAGCCUGCUGCGUUCCUCGCGCUGUUGAAAUAUAUGUACUGCGACGAGGUCCAUUUGGAAGCAGACACAGUUUUGGCUACACUGUACGUAGCAAAAAAGUACAUAGUCCCACAUUUGGCACGUGCUUGUGUCAGCUACUUGGAAACUAGUUUGACAGCGAAAAACGCGUGUUUGUUACUGAGUCAAUCUCGUCUGUUCGAAGAGCCUGAUCUUAUGCAACGAUGCUGGGAAGUCAUUGAUGCUCAAGCUGAAGUGGCGCUGAAAUCCGACGGUUUUCUAGACAUUGAUAUACAUACUCUCGAAUCAGUUUUGUCCAGGGAAACACUGAAUUGCAAGGAAAUUCAUUUAUGGGAGGCUGCGCUAAGAUGGGCUCCUGCUGAAUGUAUCAGACAAGAAUUGGAGCCUACACCGCUCAAUCAAAGACGCCUUUUAGGCUCUGCCUUAAAUUUAAUACGAAUUCCGGCGAUGAGCGUGGAAGAAUUCGCAAAUAGCGUCGCGCAAACUGGAAUUUUAUCGCAACAAGAAACGAUCGACCUUUUUCUCCACUUUACCGCAAGUACGAAGCCUCAUUUGCGUUAUCCAAUCAAAGCUCGUCAAGGAUUGAAAACUCAGGUUUGUCACCGAUUUUUGUCGUGUGCGUACCGAUCGAAUCAGUGGCGUUACAGAGGCCGAUGUGACUCGAUCCAAUUCAGCGUUGACAAGCGAAUAUUCGUCAUCGGUUUUGGAUUAUACGGGAGUUCAUCCGGUGCUGCGGAUUACAAUGUCAGAAUCGAACUUAAAAGACUGGGUCGAGUGCUGUCGGAAAACCAUACAAAAUUUUUUUCCGAUGGUUCAAGCAAUACGUUUCACGUAUUUUUUGAAAGUCCGAUACGUAUAGAACCCGAAAGUUUUUACACAGCAAGUGCUAUUUUGGAUGGUGGAGAAUUGAGCUAUUUCGGACAAGAGGGCAUGUCCGAAGCCACUGUUGGUAGUGUAAAUUUUCAAUUUCAAUGCAGUUCUGAAAGUACAAAUGGCACAGGCGUACAAGGAGGACAAAUUCCCGAGUUAAUAUUUUACGAUCCUUCCGUCGACGAUUAAUCAAGGUUCAUUAUCAUCUUCUCUCAUCGUCUCAUCAUCAGAACAAAGAGUUCAUUGCUCUCCCGGCUCGUAAAAGCCUCGACGUUGUCAAAGCGUCCAUCGUCAAUUGUAACGUUUCUGGCAGACUGUUCUUUUUUUCCUUUUUUUUAUUAAUAAAGUUCUGCGUGGCAGGUGGUUGAUUAUUUUGUAGCAUAAAUUUUGUGUUCCUAUAAUACAAAUAACCUUUGUAACAAUAUUUAUCAUUAUUCGUAUCAAUUUUCCCGACGAAUGUUUAAUUGGAUUAUGAAAUACCCGCUCAGGAUCAACGAGACUACAAAAUCUUUCCAAAAUGACCUUAGAGUCUAAAAUAUUAUACCAAAUUCGAUUAUUUUUUUUUCUUUUUCGUAACAUCAAGACUUUUCGACUAAAAGUCUAAACUUUCCCCUUUACCUAAUGUCCAAUUACCUGAAAAACCUUAAUAAAGUUAAACGUCAUGGUUUCCUACCACACGUACACUGCAGUGCUCUUCCCUCAUUUGUUACGUUGUAAAAAAUGUAUAAAAUUGUAGAUUUGUGUGUAACCGAAGUACAACGAUCGUGUUAAGGCGGUAAAAUAUAUCUUAAAUAGAUUAGAUUUUAGCUGCACGUUUAGAGCAGUAAUAUCUAAAUGGAUAAGAGAAUUUCACCAUUUUUUUCAUUUGUAGUUUGAAGUUUUCUCGAUUAAAGCUUUUAUCUUUUGUA